AUGAAGCACCUUGGAUACUCCAGCAACCCCCACCCCUGGCCCUGGGACAUGCACCAGGGGGCCUACAACCCCAAAACCCUGGGUGUGCUGGCCCCAGAUGUCCUGCUCUGGCCUGGCAUCAUGGCACUGGCCUCCCAGAGUCAGGAAGAUGGGGCCAACCAUGGAAGGCUUCCUGGAAGAGGCAACCCAGAGCAGAGACCCAGUGACUGCCGCUUCCCGGAGGGGGCAGGCCUGGAGAGCAGGGCCGUGGCACAGACGUGCGUGCGGCAGGUGCCUGUGAAGCUUCGACCUGGGAGCCCUCCUGGGCCUCACAAGCCAGGCCCAGAGAGUAGCAGAGCCCAGACUGUAGCGAGGCCCCAGAAACAGCUGGACUCAGGGAGUACCUGUACCCUGGAGUACCUGGGCCUUGAAGUAGCUGAGCCCAAGGUGCAGCUGAGCCCGAGCAGCUCCAGCUCUGGGGGAGCUGGUCACAGUCGCCGUGGUCAGCAGGCGUUGUGUCCCCAGGAGCAGGAGGCUGAGUCCCUUGACCAAGCCGUGGCCAACGUGUCUGACUUUGCCAGCCUCUCCCCAGGCCUCCUCCUUGGCUUCACGUGUGUGAUAGUGUCAGACCUGAGUGCAGAGCGUGUCCAAGAGCUGGCCAUUGCCCUGGGGAAGAAGAAUGUCACGCUCCAUGCAGAUCAGCUGCGCUGUCUGGCACGCCGCCUUUCUGAGCACCGAGUCCCUGAGGACCUGGACACCUUCCCGCUGGACAUGCUGCUGUUCCUUGACCCGGCUGCAUUCCCAGGGCCCCAGGCCUGUGCCCAUUUCUUCUCCCGCGUCAGUAAGGCCAACGUGGACGUGCUGCCACAGAGGGCUCCGGAGCGGCAGCGGCUGCUGCCCGCAGCUCUGGCCUGCCUGGGCGUGCGGGGGUCUCGGGUGAGCAAGGCUGAUGUGCAGGCUCUGGGAGGCCUGGCUUGUGACCUGCCUGGGCACUUCGUGGCCCACUCGGCGGAAGCCCUCCUACCCCGGCUGGCGGGCUGCUCUGGACCCCUGGACCAGGAUCAGCAGGAGGCAGCCAGGGUGGCUCUGCAGGGCGGAGGACCCCCGUAUGGUCCCCCAUCAAGGUGGUCAGUCUCCACCCUGGAAGCUCUGCAGGGUCUGCUGCCUCUGUUGGACCAGACUGUCAUCCACAGCAUCCCAAAGGGUGUCAUGACCGCCUGGUUGCAACGCACCUACCGGGAUCCAUACUGGCAGUGGCCUGAGCAGAGGACUGUCGUCCUCCCGAGGCUCCGGCGAGACACAAAGAAGGGUGCCUGCCCCCCAGGGCGGGAGGUCCGCCUGGUGGAUGUGGAGUUGGUCUUGUACGAGGAGUGGGAGAUGGAGGCCUGUGUGCACGGGGCCCUGCUGGCCACCCAGAUGGACCGUGUAAACAUGAUGCCCUUCACCUACCAGCAGCUUGACCUUUUUAAGCGCAAAUUGGAUGAGAUCUACCCCCAAGGCUACCCCGAGUCCCUGAUCCAGCGCCUGAGCUACUUCUUUCUCAGGAUGAGACCCGAGGACAUCUACAAAUGGAAUGUGACAUCCCUGGAGAUGGUGAAAGACCUGAUCAGAGUCAGCAAGGGGAGAAAAAUGGACGCUCAGGUGGCUGCCCUGAUUGCCCGCUAUGUGGCAGGAAGGGGCCAGCUGGACAAGGACACCCUGGACGCCCUGGCCACCUUCCGCCCCAUGUACCUGUGCUUCCUCAGCCCCACGCAGCUGGACUUCGUGAAACCCAGUGUCCUUUGGGCGGUCGGGCCCCAGGACCUGGACGCAUGUAGCCCACGGCAGCUGGACCUCCUCUACCCCAAGGCCCACUUCACCUUCCAGAACAUGAGCGGGCAGGAGUACUUUAUGAAGGUCAAGUACUUUCUGGGUGGGGCCCCCACGGAGGACCUGCAGGCUCUCAGUGAGCAGAACGUGAACAUGGAUAUAGCCACGUUCAAGACUCUGCGGAAAGACGCCGUGGUGCGGCUGACCGUGGCCGAGGUGCAGAAUCUUCUGGGACCGCACCUGGCGGGCCUGAAGGCAGAGGAGGAGAACAGCCCGGUGCGCGACUGGGUCUCCUGGCAGCCGCAGGAGGCCCUGGACAGCCUGGGGCUGGGGCUCCGCGGUGGCGUGCCCAACGGCUACUUCGUCCUGGACCUCGACUCCCGAGAGGCCCUCUCCAGAGGGUCCUGCCACCUCGGGCCCGGACCUGCGCUCUUCGCCAUCCCAGCUCUGCUCCCGGCUUGGACCCUGAGCUGAGGCCACCCGUCCGGAUGCCCCCAGCUCCACUGCGGAGCCCUGCAAAGCCGGGAGCAGGCCUGGGUGGUCCCUGCCCAAUGCCGAGGGUACUUGAGCUCAAUAAACGGGGACACAUACCCCGUGCAGACAUU